UUAUAAACCUUUUCCUCGCCUUUCAGUCGCUCUCAGUUGUCGGUGAGGCCGGCGGGGCGUAUCCCAUAGUAAAUUAGAAGAGAAAAUAAAAGCAACACAAUCAACGCUUCGGCUUAUUUGACUCUAAACUAUUGUUUUUUUCCCCUUGUGGACAUAUUGCGCAUAAAGAUGCCCUCGGCAACAAAUGGCACCAGGACUGUGAAGUCUGCCAGCCCAGACUUGGGAUCUGCUCCCGGAUCAAUGAACCAAAUCACAGCCAGCAACCAGCUGACUGGAACCCAAUCAGAGGCCAUGAAGCAGGUGCUGGUGGUUCUUGAAAAGAAAGUGCGCAAUAUGGAGAAGAAAAAGAGCAAACUUGAUGACUAUCAGGCCAGGAACAGCAAAGGGGAACGUCUCAACCAGGACCAGCUGGAAGCCCUGUCUAAGUACCAGGAAGUAAUCCAUAACCUUGAGUUUGCACGGGAGCUGCAGAAGAGCUUUUUGGCAUUGGGUCAAGAAAUCCAGAAGACCGUUAAGAAAGCGGCACGUCGUGAGCAGCUCCAGCGUGAAGAGGUGGAACAAAAAAGGCUGAAACGGGUUCUGGAGCUGCAGUUCCUCCUUGACCGACUCGGGGAUGAAAGCGUGCGACAAGAGCUGCUGCAAGGAGCCGGAGGGCCUUCGCUGCUUACGGAGAGUGACCUUACUUCCCUGGAUGAGUUUUACAAGCUUGUGGGGCCCGAACGUGACCAAAACAUCAGGUUGACUGACCAGUAUCAAGAAGCAUCACAGCACUUACGGGAACUUUUGGAGGGGAAGGACAAGCCUGUAGCAGGAACAACAUAUAAAGCACUGAAUGAGACGUUGGAGCGGGUUUUGCAGAGCGGCUACUUUGAUAGAGUGCAGUCUCAUCAGAACGGAGUUUGCGCGGAGGAAGAGGAGCAAACCGCUGCGGUGGAAGUGUCUGAAGCAGAGGAGCACCCUCCUGAUGCGGAGGCUGAAGUGACAGAAGAGUAUGCAGAACCCAUUCCAAUUGAGGCAACAGAGUUUGUAAAUAGGCAGUUUGUUUCGGAGAGCACAUACAGCACUGGUGAUAAGGAGCAAAUAGAGGAAUGGAGUGCGGAAACUGAGGUGGUUAACUCCAUGCAGCAGCCGGUUCAAACCACCCCUAGCCCUGUUGUCCCAGAGCCCCACCCACUGACCACAAUAACACCAACACCCCCUUCAGACCCCGUGAUUAGACAGCAGGUGGUUCAGGAUCUCAUGGCACAGAUGCAGGGUCCAUACAACUUCAUGCAGGACUCCAUGCUUGAAUUUGAUGGACAGUCUCUUGAUCCAGCUAUUGUAUCUGCACAACCUAUGAAGCCAGCCUCAAAUAUGGAGAUGCCUCCGAUGGUGUGUCAACCAGCUCACCCAGAGUCUCGUCUCGCACAACCUCCAGCUGUUGGCAUUCAGCCUGAACCCACACAAAUCCCCAUGGUUUCUCCACCAGAAACCUUCUCCACACCUCCCCCAAUGUACCAGUCCUCUCACACAGCUGAUCCACGACCACAGACUGACUCCAUGGAUCCCAUUCAGGCCUCCAUACCCCUGACAGAGCAGCCGCCUCCAUCUACGGCGCUCCCUCCUGCCUCCCAAACCCAGGUGAUCCAGCCUGGAUCCAAACCCUUGCACAGCAGCGGAAUCAAUGUCAACGCAGCCCCGUUCCAGUCCAUGCAAACGGUGUUCAACCUUAAUGCGCCUGUCCCACCAGUUAAUGAUACGGACUCAAUAAAGCAGGCCAGCCAAUACCAGAAUAGCUACAGCCAGGGUUUUAAUAGCCAAACGCAACACCCUGUGGAGCAGACAGACAUGCCACCAGAGCAGCUCCAGUCUGUGGUUGGUCCCUUCCAUUCUCAAGACCAGUCGCUCGCAAACUCCACUGGCCACCAGCCCAUGUCCCAGCAACCAGGAGGCCAGGGCAACGGCUUCAGCCGCCAGGCUCAGUCCUUCUACAACAGCAGAGGGAUGUCUCGUGGCGGUCCUCGUGGCUCGCGUGGUAUGAUGAAUGGCUACAGAGGACAAUCCAAUGGAUUCAGAGGUGGAUAUGAAGGUUAUCGGCCAUCCUUCUCAAACUCUGCAAACUCUGGAUAUGGACAAACCCAGUUCAGUACGCCGCGCGACUAUUCCAACGGCAACUAUCAGCGGGAUGGUUACCAACAGAACUAUAAACGUGGCGCUGGCCAAGGGACUCGAGGGAUCAGUCGAGGAAACGCUCAAGCCAUGCGAUCUUAAGUCUUACAUUUGGACCACAGUGAACAUUCAAAUACUGAAGUGCAUAUGCCCCCCCCCCCCCUCUCCUCCUUGGAAUUGAUCAUACAAUGCCUACUCUGACAUGUUAAAAUGGAGAAAAUAAUUCAGAAUGCAAGCUGAAAAGCUGCUGUCAAGAUUUUAAAGCUACCCCAUGUUUCUAACAGAUACCUGUGAACUUGAAAGACGUAAUUUAUAUAUAUAUAUUUUUUUUUUGUAUGAAAUAAAACUCAAAUACCUGCUACAGCUGGUCCAAGAUUGGGCGUUCUCUUUCUGUCCCACUGUUUUGUUCACACUAAUUCAUUUUGGUUCUAAAAAUGGUUCUUUUGGUACAUUUUCUUUUUUUAAAGAUGCUCCCAGACUCAGUUUAUAAAGUGAUUGCUUCAAAAGUUUCAAUAAAGAUGUGUUGCAUUAACUGUUCUAUA